AUGCCUAAUCCCCCCUCGCCGUCAUCACCAGUCUCUUCGGGCAAGAAGAGACCAUAUCCAUCCGACACUCCCUCAACGCAAACCGACCCCGCGACCAAUACCGCUCCCAAGCCCUCCGCCCCGACAGCCGUGCCCUCCACCUCGCCCGCCCAUUCCAGCACCCCCGCUUCGUCCGCUUCCUCCUCAUUCCGCAAUGUCUCUGCCUGUAACCGUUGUCGACUGCGCAAGAACCGCUGCGACCAGCGCCUCCCACGCUGCCAGUCCUGUGAGAAGGCCGGCGUGCGCUGCGUCGGAUACGACCCCAUUACAAAGCGCGAGAUCCCCCGCAGCUACGUCUAUUUUCUGGAGUCGCGCGUAGCACAUCUCGAAAAACAAUUAGCGGAUAACAACAUCGAAUUUAAAAAGGUCGUCGCUUUCGACGAGGAGGAAGCUAUCAAGGUCGAGGCUGAUGGCGACGCCGCGCAAGCUCGUUCCGGUUCUGACGGUCAGGCCGGGGAGGGGUCUGUGGCAGAGAAAGCACGGUGGAAAAAUACAUCGAAGGAAGAUGCCGAUCGACCGGGGCAGAAAGAAGAAGGGAAUAAUCGCGAUGCGGACGACGACCCCGCUAGCGAGGAUAAUUGGCGCCUGCAUAAUCUAGUUUCGAAUAUCGGCAUGGUCUCUGUACAGGGUACUUCCGACCCACGAUAUCUGGGGUCGACAUCGGGCAUUUCGUUUGCCCGUGUCGUCUUCGCUGCGGUGAGGAGCUCACUCCCCGGUAAUAUGCCGGAGCGUGCAGCGAUUCGAACGAGCGAUCGAUUGCCUCAGAGUGCUGCUGGCACUGCUGGAGGAGGGAGCAGUAUGCGCGAUUCGUUCUUCGGGCUGCAAACAAGGCCGAUGAUGAAACGCGCGACUUUCCCUGACCGGGAGCUGGCUGAACGACUGGUCGAUCUUUACUUUGAACACGCGAAUCCUCAGAUGCCGAUUCUCCACCGGGGAGAUUUCAUGGAGCUGUUGGAUAAGACAUAUUUGUUAGAGGAGAAAAAGCGUUCUCCGCGCGCGCUUUACGUGCUUAAUAUCGUGUUUGCCAUUGGUGCUGGAAUCAUCUUUGAAGAUAAGCCUCAAAGCUCGGAUGAUGAGAAUCGCAGUAGUCGUGACCGGUCCUCGUCUGGGACGAAGAGACCGAGACUCUCGAACCAUCAGUACCAGCCGGAGGAAUACCAUGCCUCGGCAAUCGUUCAUUUGGAAUCUUUCCUUGGCUCCUCCUCCAGCGAGGGCUUUGGUGGGUUAGAAGAGCUGCAGGCAGUACUCCUUCUAGCCAGCUUUGCCCUAUUGCGACCCGUUGCGCCAGGUCUCUGGUAUAUCGUCGGUGUGGCCACGCGCUUAGCCGUUGACCUUGGGCUCCAUUACGAAGAUGGUGCCGGCAUUGACUCUGCAACGAAAGAUGGCAACCAAGCGCAGUCACGGAUCGAUGCUCGUGAACGCGGACGACGCGAAUGGGUGCGCGAUAUCCGUCGCCGGUUGUGGUGGUGCGUUUACAGCUUUGAUCGUCUGGUAGCCACGUGUGUUGGACGGCCAUUCGGUAUUAGCGAUCAGGCCAUCAGCACAGAGUUCCCGUCUAUGAUGGACGACCAAUACAUCACCAAGUCUGGUCUUCUGACGCCACCCGACGGAGCCCCGACAUAUAAGCAUGUCGCAUUCCACUAUUUCAAACUGCGUCUUCUUCAAUCCGAGAUCCACGAUGUCCUUCAAUACCAGCAGACACGCGCUGUGCGGAGGAGAGGCCCUGGUGCAGUUAUUCUCCCUCACGCCGAGCUUUCCUCUCCUUUCCUUCAGGGCUUUGACUCGUUCCGCUCGUGGCGCUAUGAUGUGCAUCGCCGAUUGGUUGAGUGGCAAGACACUGCCCCAACACGACCUGAAACAGGCGUGAGAUUCUCCAUUGAGCUGCUUGAGUUGAAUUACUGGCAAGCUAUCAUUUUGCUGUACCAGCAAAGCUUGACGGUUCCUGCCGAGUUGGCGGGAGAGCUUACUCCUGCGGAUGACGUUUCUAGUCCGUCCUUUUCUAAUCCCGAUGAGGGUGAUGAGGAGGACCAUGUCUAUCUUAAUGUUGCCGAGGCUGGUCAGAAGGUCAUUCGUAUAUAUCGCCAAUUGCAUAGAGUACGCUUGGUGAAUUAUACCUAUCUUGCUACGCAUCACAUUUUCAUGGCUGGAAUCUCCUUUUUAUAUGCCAUUUGGCAUUCGCCUUUGGUUCGAAGCCGCUUAACACUCGAUGAAGUUGACUUCACGGUUCUCGCUGCGACUUCUGUUCUAGGCGACCUGAUGCACAAAUGCCCACCGGCCGAAGCAUGCCGAGAUGCGUUCGAGCGUAUGAGCAAAGCAACCGUCCAAAUGUGUCUUUCAACAACCGGAUUCGGAUCACAGGUAGACAUGAGCCGUGUCCACGCCACAUCGAAUACCGGGAGCUCAUUCCACCCCGGCCGGCCACGACAGCCUAUGGAGCAACGACCCCGUAUAGGACAAGGGCAACCCCGGCGAACAACGCAGGCACGCCCGUCCCGUCCCGUCCCCAAGUUCGACAUGAACUUGGCUGAUCUCUUCACCGAUAAUACCCCCUUAACCGACCACUCUCGACCAGAAAACAGACCCGGGGGGCCAUCCUACCCUCAACCAGAAUCGCUAGCCCCCAGCUUCCAAGCAGACCAGUCCUCUCGGCCUUAUGGACAGCGCAAUCAAUCGAUGGAUCACUAUCUCAAAUACGAGAAUCCAAACUCCCCACAACCGCACCCGCAGUUCUACUACUCAAACUCGCCGCAACACAGUGGUUCUCCCGGUAGCAACACUCACACUCAUGGUUUGCCGCCCGCCGACACCGAGGGCCCGCAAGGGAUGAGUCUUGAUUUCUUGGAUUUUGGGUCGGGUGAUACUGAAGGUCAGGGUAAUAUGGAAGGCGAAGCCAAUCCUGAUUACAAUAUGAUGGCUGCGCCAUCUUUGGGUCCCAACCUGGGCCAGAAUGUUGGAAUCGAUCUUGGCUUUGGUAUGGCUAUGGACUUCCAGCAUGACUGGAGUGAGAAUCCUAAUUACGAUCUUUUGGAGGGCUAUUUCUUUGGUGGCUCUGGGGCUGGCGCACCUGGAGGGGAUGUCUAG